AUGAGCUGGUUCGUGGCGCGCACCUACUUCGACACUAUACGACCCGUGUACCGUGCGUCCCGGCUGCUGCUGGUCCACUUUACCACCAUCGACUUUUCCGCCCGGACCGUGCACCGGUCUUUGGCGGAUCUGGUCUGCUUCGUGCUGGCAGCACUGCUCGAUGUUUACAGUGCGUCCUGUGGACUGCGAGCGAUUCUGGCCUUCCUAAGUCUGACCGAUUCCGUCCUGGUCAACGUGGGAACGUACGGAGCUACGGUGCUUUGCUGCCUCUUUGCGGUGACCGUGCCCUGGUGGAACAACUACAACGGCUUUGUCAUCUUUGAGCUGUACAACAACAUUGCCAGGUGUAGCGAUGAGCUGCUGGUGCUGGGACUGACUGUGAAUCACCGGAGGAAGUUCGUACUGGCCACGGUGUACGUGACGUACUUUGUGAGCUUGCCGUUCCUAGUGUUGCUGACCUACAGCUACGCACCGUCACUGUUCAAGUGGGUUGGAAUGGAUCGGUUGUACACGGACUUUAGGUCGACGUUCGCUUUUGCCCGCAUGCUGCUGAUACUGUGUCUUUGCAACUGCUACUCUUCUCUUACGCUUCUAUCGCUCAGAACUCACUUUAAGCUGCUCAACGAAGCGAUUUGCAAAUACUUUCCAACGUCCGUUCAAACGCAGGCUUCACACGUAGGAGACGUACCAUCCACUCAGCGCUUGAUCCAAACGUUGGCCAAGCUGCACGAACGACUCAGUAACACGGUGCAACUGUUCAACCACUGCUUCUCAAUGCAGUACGCGGUCCUGAUGUGGGCAGGCUACGCGUUCACCAUAUUCUCGGCGUUCUUCCUGAUCCACUCGUAUACAACCGAUGUGACGGCGGAAAUGCGGUGGCUCUCCCGCACCAACAUGGUCCUCGAUGGCUUGUUCGUAUUUUACAUCGUGGAAUUCAUGGCGUUGGCGAGUGUUGUGAACUCGGAGUGCUCACGUACGGUAGUUGUGAUCCACAAAGUAAUAGCGUACGGAAGAUUCGAAAAACGGGUCUUGAAAGAACUUCGCACCUUCUCGCAGCAGUUGAGCCAUCACUCGCCACGGAUCACAUGCCACCUGUACGACUUCAACUGGGAAUUGUUUUACCGGAUGGCCGGCACGCUCACGACGUACCUCGUCAUUCUGAUACAGUUUGACUUGAAGAACAUCAACUACGAAACGCUUUAG